UUAUGUAAAAAUUCGUCACUCAAACAUUGGGAGUCAAUUGGCAUGGCCCAUCGGCAGCAGCUUCCCGUCAUCUCGGAGUCCACGGCUUUUCGGCUGUUCAACAGUGUUUUGGGCGAAAGAAGUCCGACGACAUCGAGCGAGAUGGCUGCCAUUGAUGCCACCGGCUCCAGUAGCCACAUGGCGAACGAUUAUGCUGCAGAUGGUGUCGUGGCCAGUGGUGCACCACCCCGUCCGAUGAUCCUGCCCGCACCAGGGCCACACUCGCACUCGCAGGCGAGCGUGGACUCGGCCAACGAGAACGGAAAUUCGUGCCGCAUCUGCCGCUGGAACCGCAGCGACAUGGAGAUCAUCAGCUGUCCGUGCAAGUGCAAGGGCAGUGUGGGCUACAUACACCUAAAGUGCCUGCGACGGUGGAUCGUCCACCGCCAUGACAAUCGCUGCGAGAUCUGCAACGCUGUCUUCGAUCUAUCAGAGGAGCGGGUGAGCGUCAAGAGGAUGAUGCGCACCUUCUGGUGUGGCCGCUGUUGCGGCCUCAUCGUCAAACAAGUGCUGUUCAGUGUCUCGCUCAUGCCGCUGGGACACAUCAUCUUGCAGCAGGUUCUGCAGUGCAUGGAGACCUUGAACCAGGGCAGCGCCGACCAGCUCACCGUCCAGGAGGUAUUCAUAGCCUCCUGUGCUCUGCUCACCUCCAGCGCCCUCUUUUUCCACUUUUUUGAGUUCGUGACGACGCGCUGCCUGCUCAUCCGUAACAUACUGCGCCACUGGUGGAUGUUUGGUAGCACCAGCGACUAUUCCCUGCUCGAGAUCGACGACGAGGCCGUGGAGCUGUUCUAAGCUCAGGAUAAUAGGCUUUGACGACGCUAAUUCGAAAUUU